CCCUCGUUGUGUAGAGUAAUGAUACAUUCUCUGCGCUGCGAAAUUAUUACAAUAUCACCAUCCACCAUUGUAAAACGUGAACGUCGGCUAGGAUUUAGAUAGAGCGUAAGUUUGCAUGCCAUUUUUUGCCAACUAUUUGUCUGUAGAACCUUAAUUCUUUUGGACGACACGGGCAUUUAUCAUGUUUAUCCUGUAACGAUCAUUAGUUUAAGGAUACAAAAGAGUCCUUCUUGCUGGAAAAUAAUUAUACGAGCAGUAUGCAAGCUGCAUGAAGCGGUUGUUUAUAAGCGACUCACUUAUAUUACUGAGAGACUCUUAAUAAGCGGCGGAAGAACAGGUAGGACAUAACGGCGAAGGGUUCGUAAAUUAUCCGUAACUAUCCGAAUUUCCAAGGCAGCAAAUUUCACCUACCUACCGUGUAAUAGGCAAGGGCGCAGAGAAAAGCAUAAAGUAAGGGUGUGUGUGUGUUGAGAAGUGAGAGCUUGUUUACAAAUCGUAGACGCAGUCUGUCAAAUGUGGUUGCAGCAACAUUGGUUUUGGUGGUCGAAAAGUGCAGCAGAGCAAAGCAAAUCGCGUGCGACAAUCGCGGCUUCUAAAUCAAUCCCGGACUGCGUUUCAUCGCGCUAUUGUGCUAAGAACAUCUGUCCGGCCCGAUAGGAAGGUUUGGUGGUAAUAGAUAAAAGAAAUUUCAUUCACAAUGUCACCAGUUGGUAAAGGACUUACGACGCACCAGCAGAACGCUGCUGCUGCUGCUGAUCUGUGGUAAUGAGGGAAAAAGAAAUAACUUCGAGCUGAAAGCUGUCAAAGUUGUUGGAGAACUGAAUUUGGUAAACCCAAACUUCUGGUGCAAGACUUAGUAGGGUUCUAUCGCUACUGUGCAGUGAAUUGUUUGUUGUUUGGAGACAGCAAUUUUUGUGUGCAACAGUAAUAGUGCGACCCUCUUCUGACGGGGUAAUAGAGCGGUAGAUCGAUGGAGCCCAACAAUCGGCCGAUCGCUGGCGAAGCGUACGAACGCAGCAACACCACCAUCUCGACCAACACAUUCCAGAUCUGGGAAACGACCGUGCGGUUGGCGCAGAUUCAAACGCUCAUCGAUAAGCUUUGUCUCGCGACCUGUCCGGACGAGGCGAUGAUAUGCUUCCUGCAGGAAACGGACGGCCAGUCGAUGCUGGACAUAAUAUCCGACGAUGAAGAGGAGGACGAUACGGAACCACAGCUUCGCGGCAAGAGCUAUCUCAAGCGCAUGAUACAGGAUAUGUACACGCGGCCCCAGAUGAUCGGCACGGUCAAGAUGAUCCUGUACCACUGUCUGACGACGAUGGCCGAAAAGCUAACGCAGGACAUUAAGUUCCGGUCGGAAAAUGCGGAAUUCUUUGACGAUCUGGAGCUGGUGCUCAGCCGCAUGACUGACGAGGCGGCCGAAACUACCAAGCGCGAAAUCAUGCAAUACUUGUCGAUUGCCAAGAAGCGGCUAGCCAAACGGAAGCGGGUGCGGGAUCAGCAGCAACACCAGGAACAACGGCAGCAACAUCAAGAACAGCAGCAGCAGCAGCAGCAGCAAGAACCUUCACCAUCGUCUUCUUCCUCCUCCUCCUCCGCUUCCCCCUCGUCCUCUUCGUCGUCCACCUCACCGACACCUGAAGCCUGUAUAGUGUCCCCACCUUACGGGUCCUAGGGAACCAAGGCUCAGUAGGCGGGGAUAGCUGGCAGCAGCAGAGAGAAAAAAAACGGGGGAAAUGGGACACAAUCCGUUUGUGCUUUCCUUGCUCUGAUGCACGACAUUGCAGCGUGGAGCCACCGGAUGUACUAGUUUAAUUUUUAUUUAUAUUUGUGCAACCGUUUUGAAUGAUCAGGGGGACGUGCACCGCUGCCAAUCUUGCUCGUGGUUCGUGGAGUGUGUCCUCCAAAUUGUGGAAGUUAAUAAAAUUAUUAUUUCGUUUACAUGAAUAAAAUCAUAUGUAGGUGCAUUUUAAGAAUAA